AUGUCGGCCUCAAUGGCAUUUGGCCUAGAGGCACGAGAUGCCGCGUCAGAUGCCUACAAGUCCACAGUUGAAUUGUGGACAUUAUAUUCAAUUGCUGUUGCCGUGACAAUUCUUAGAACAUAUGCUCGGUCGAGGAGCGGGGGAUUGAGAAAUCUACGACUCGACGAUUACCUCGUAUGGGCUGGAAUUCUCCUAUAUACUGCACAGGCGGCGCUUGCACACAGUGUGGGCAAUGUGUCUCACGGCCUCGCCAACAAUGGCAUGACAGCAACUCAACGAGAGGCAUUAUUGCCCGACAACCCAAUGUACCACGCCAGAGUGAUUGGCUCCAAGAUUCAAAUCGCGGGCUGGACUACUUAUGUAGCAUUGAUUAAUGCACUCAAAUUGUCCAUGCUAGCAUUCUACGUUCGACUAAUGGACGGUCUUGGUCGACGUUAUCAAAUUCCCAUCUAUGUCGGGGUUGGCUUUGUCCUGGCGAGCUUCCUCGCAAGUGUUAUCACAAUCUUCACGGCAUGCCGACCAUUCCACAAAAACUGGCAGAUUAACCCGGACCCUGGCAACGUCUGUCAACCAGCCAUUUCCAAGCCGGUCAUCGCAGUAACCUUCGCCGCAAACCUCCUAACGGAUCCAUACCUCAUACUCAUCCCGAUUCCCAUGCUUUGGAAAUCGAGUCUAAAGCCAUUGAAGAAGAUCGCGGCCACUAUCGUGCUCAGUGCGGGUGUCUUUAUUCUUGUCUGCGCCACUAUUAAGAGUGUUUUCCUCCUAGUAGAGCCUGAAGACGGCGCACAAGUGGCCGACGAAUGGGGCACGCGCGAAACAUUCGUCGCAGUCGUCACGACCAAUCUUCCCAUGAUCUUCCACCUAUUCAGAAUCUGGCUCAGCAAAAUUCUCGGCAGUCAGUUCCAAACGUCUCAGAAGACACAUAAAUCGCCCUCGAAUGGUUUCCGGAGCAUUGGUGGCGGAGGUGACUAUCCCAGUCGGAAGGGGCGCGGGGAUGCCAGUACCGAUCCUAUGACCAUUGGCAUGUCAUUUACCGAGAGUGAGGAACGGAUGAUGGAGGAUGUCAAAUUGCAGAACAUAAAGGCAUAUCCGGCCCAUCUGUCUGACAAAACUACCACGGGUGCUAUCGUGGUCUCCAACCAGAUUGAUAUCACCCAUGAGACUCGACCCAAUCAACACAGAGCACAGCCUGCGGAAAAUGCUCCCCCGGCAUGGUAG